CCGCACCCUCGCUGUUUGUUUCCCGCUCCGGCGACGCCGUCGGGCGAGCGGGCUACGCGAAUUCCUGCCGCCUUUCGCCUCCCGGGCCCCUCCCGUUCGUGGCGGCCAAUGGGGAGGGCGCUCCGCGGUCACGUGACGGCCGCCUCGAGUUGUCGGGGGCGCUGAGGGCGCCGGGGAGACUCCGGCGGGGCCUCAAAACAGCGGCCAAUGGGAAGUGGGGGGAGAAAGAUUGAUGGAAUCAGCGAAGGGACUGAGGGGAGGCGAAUAUAGCGGUCAUUCCCCCCCCUCCCUCCGUUCAAGAUGGAAGCGCUCGUGGAAGCGCUGCGUCAUGGCAUCCAAGCGAAGGUGGGGGGGGGAGAGGUAGCUCCCUUCAGGCCCGGGGACCCGCCCCGAACGGAAAUGACUCAGCCGCGGCAUUCGGCCGCCUUUCCCCGCGGAGCGCGCCGGCCUGCGUUGGAAGGCCGAGGGGGGCCCCCGUGGGCGUUCUAGGUGAGGGAUUUCGUUGAGGCGGCUCGGCCGAGCCCCUGCCGUUUAGCAUCUUUUGUGGCUGAGGCGGCUGAGGGGAGUUUCGGGUUUUGGCGGGAAGCGCCGGCUGGGGCGGGCGACGCCCGCUUUCCCGCCCGGACGCUUCAUUUGCCCUGGUGGAAGGGACUGUUUCGAAGGGAGGAAGAGGAGGACGGGGACGGGCCGCGGCGGCCGUUUGCCCCCCACCUGUCACCCUGCUUCUCCCGCUGUCCAAAAUGGCGCCUCCGCCGUCUCCCCUCCCUUCCCCCAGCGGUGAGCCGAGGACGACAACAGCCAACGGCCGCUCUCCUCUGGCCGCCCCGCCCCCGCACGGCGCGGGGACCAAUCGGGAGGCAACGAAUGGCAGCGAGGCCCAAUGCGCGAGCCGGCCGCCGGAGUCGGGGGCGCUGGAGGGGGGUGUCAAGCGGCCGAGAGAUUGACUCGAGUCUCGGCCAAUGGCGGGGCGGCCUCGUCCGGCGUUCCGCCCCCCUGCCAUCUGUCGAGGCUGCGAACGGGCGGGGCUGGGGCGGGAUGGUGACAUCAGCCCUUCUCUCGGCCAAUGGGGAGGCGGCGAGCGCCUAUAUAAGGGCGGUCGGGGGCAGGCCGAGAGGCGCCAUUUCGUUGUAGCUAAGGAAGGAGCUCUGCUCUGCGCGCGCGAUCGGGGAGCCCAGCGCGAGUGCGGCGAAGAGGGGGCGGACUCUUUAAUCCGGAGAGAUCGUCGUCGUCGUCGUCGUCCGCUCGGAUCCUCCUCCCGGCUUCCGUAGCGCUGGCCGCCCCCGCCCGUCCCACCCUUCAGGGAGAGCCCGCCGGCCGAGGCGGAGCGCGGCUACCGUAGUCUCCCCCCCCCCGCCUUACAAUCCACUGCCAUCCGCGGCUCCGCUCGCCACCACCGGCCCGGUUCCCGGCGCUUCCGGACGCGGCGGCUCCGGGGACGAGAGGAAGCCCCGUAUUUCGUGCCCCGCGGCGGGCCCGGCAUCCCCUGAGGGGGGGAAGCCUCGCGAGCGGGAAGUCGCCUGCAGCGCCGCGCAGCUGCGGAGGGCCGCCAUUUUCUGAGCUUUUGGCCGAAACUGAGGAACGACAAGAGGAGGAGGAAGGCAGACCCGGCGCUCCCGCGCGGCCCGCCAUGCAGCGGCCCCUCCCCGCGAUGCGCCUGUGAGAACCGCGCGCCCAGCAAAGGUGGGGGGCUCCCCCGAGGCCACGGAGGCGGCGGCUGCAGCUGCAGCGGGACCCUCCCGGGAGAGAGCAGCAGCAGCCGGCGGCGGCGGAGCAGCAUCGGCGGGCAUGCUGCAGAACGUGAACCCCAACGGCAAGCUGCUGGGUGAGGGCAAUGCCGGCUUGGUGGGCCUGGCGGUGGAGUCGACGCCGGGCAAGCGGAUCCGUAAGCCGUCGCUGCUCUACGAGGGUUUCGAGAGCCCCACCAUGGCCUCCGUCCCGGCUCUGCAGCAGCAGCAACAGCAGCUGUCGCAAGCCGUCCCGGCUCCACCCGAAGUCACCAACCCUAAAAAACCCGGCCGGGUCACCAACCAGCUCCAGUACCUGCACAAAGUGGUGAUGAAAGCUCUCUGGAAGCAUCAGUUCGCCUGGCCUUUCCGCCAGCCGGUGGACGCCCUCAAGCUGGGGCUCCCGGACUACCACAAGAUCAUCAAGCAGCCGAUGGAUAUGGGCACCAUCAAGCGCCGCCUGGAGAACAGCUACUACUGGAGUUCGGCCGAAUGCAUGCAGGACUUUAACACCAUGUUCACCAACUGCUACAUCUACAACAAGCCCACAGACGAUAUUGUGCUGAUGGCCCAGACGCUGGAGAAGAUCUUUCUGCAGAAAGUAGCCCAGAUGCCUCAGGAGGAGCAGGAGAUUGUCAUCACGGUGGCCAAGAACAGCCACAAGAAGGGAGCCUCUCGGGCGGCAGCCCUCCUGGCCGCGGCCAAUGCCGCCGCCCAGCAAGUGCCAGCCAUCUCUUCGGUGUCCCACACCGGGUUGUUCUCUGGCAGCGCCGACAUCCCCACCACCAUCAUCAACAUCCCCCACCCUUCCGUCAUCUCCACCCCUCUCCUCAAGCCACUGCACUCCACCGCGGCCUCCCAGCCGCUGCUGGCUGUCCCUGCGCCCACGCACCCGGUGACCAAGAAAAAAGGCGUCAAGCGGAAAGCGGACACCACGACUCCCACCCCGACGGCCAUCAUCGCCACCAGCGGGGGAGAGUCUUCCCCUUCCGCUGCCAUCUUGGAGGCUAAAGCAGCCAAGAUUCCCGCCCGGAGGGAGAGCGGCCGCCCCAUCAAGCCGCCCCGCAAAGACCUGCCGGAUUCGCAGCAGCACCAGACGUCCAAGCGAGGCAAGCUCUCGGAGCAGCUCAAGUACUGCAACGGCAUCCUCAAGGAGCUCGUCUCCAAGAAGCACGCGGCCUACGCUUGGCCCUUCUACAAGCCCGUCGACGCUUCCGCGCUGGGUCUCCACGACUACCACGAGAUCAUCAAGCACCCGAUGGAUCUCAGCAGCAUUAAGCGCAAGAUGGAGAACCGGGAGUACCACGAUGCGCAGGAGUUUGCGUCCGACCUGCGGCUGAUGUUCUCCAACUGCUACAAGUACAACCCUCCUGACCACGAUGUGGUGGCCAUGGCCCGGAAGCUGCAGGACGUCUUUGAAUUCAGCUACGCCAAGAUGCCCGAUGAGCCCCUCAACAUCAGCCCCCCCUCAACAUCCCUCCCACAGCCGGGGCUUCUGAUGAAGUCCUCCACGGAUGACUCCUCCAGCGACGAGGAGGAAGAGGAGGAUGACGAAGAGGGGGAGGACGACGAAGAGGGGGACGAGGAUGAGAGCAGCAGCGAGAGCUCCUCGGAUUCGGAGGAGGAGAGUUCGGACUCGGAAGAGGAGCGGGCCAAUCGGCUGGCUGAGCUGCAGGAACAGUUGCGGGCAGUGCACGAGCAGCUGGCCGCCCUCUCCCAGGGACCGGUGUCCAAGCCCAAGAAGAAGCGCGACAAGAAGGAGAAAAAGAAGAAGAAAAAAUCGGACAAGCGCAAAGCCAAAACGGGAGACGAGGAGAGCCGCGCUCACCCGGCCCAGCUGAAGAAGUCGAAGAAGGCCGGUGGAGGCGGCGGGAGCAGUGGCGGGAGCAAGAACACCAAGAAGUCAGUCCCCAAGGCGGUGGUGGCUCCCCCGAUGCCCGUCCUCUUUGACUCGGAGGAGGAAGAGGAGAGCAAGCCCAUGAGCUACGACGAGAAGCGCCAGCUCAGCCUGGACAUCAACAAGCUGCCUGGGGAGAAGCUGGGCCGGGUGGUGCACAUCAUCCAGUCGCGGGAGCCCUCCCUGAGGGACUCCAACCCGGAGGAGAUCGAGAUCGACUUUGAAACCCUCAAGGCCUCGACGCUGCGGGAGCUGGAGCACUACGUCCUCUCGUGCCUGCGCAAGAAGCCUCGGAAGCCCUACAGCGAGACCCUGAAGAAGCCGGUGGGCAAGACGAAGGAGGAGCUGGCCCUGGAGAAGAAGCGCGAGCUGGAGAGGCGCUUGCAGGAUGUCAGCGGGCAGCUGAACUCGGCCAAGAAGCCGCCCAAGAAAGCCAAUGAGAAACCGGAGUCUGCCCAGCAGCUGCCCAUCUCCCGCCUGAGUGCCAGCAGCUCCAGCUCCGACUCCAGCAGCUCCAGUUCCUCCUCCUCUUCCUCGGACACAAGCGACUCGGACUCCAGCUAGGCGGCCGCGGAGCCAGCGAGGAGAGACGGGAUGGCGGGAGGAAGGCCGGUUCCGCAGGAUCGGAACCCGGAAGAGCGGGACGAACGAGGGGCUCCUUCCCCCCCCCGGGGGGGGGGGAGAGGUCAGCGUGGGAAGGCUCGGCCGCUGGCUCUCCCCUCUCCUCCCCACUGGACCGCGGUGGGGGCGACAGCUGGUCCCCCGCCCUGUUUGUGCUUCGGCUGGAAGGGGGGCGGCGGCGGCGCUGGGACUGUGUACAGGUUGCUCUAGAAGGGGAGGCCCGCCUUGAACUCCAAAGCCUUUGUGUAGUUUUUAUCCGGCAUUUAGCGAGUUUUGAGUUUGGUGACGCUCCUUCUCCGGAGAGACAAGAGAUGGCCUGGGGUGGGGUGCGCUCCCCCCCCAACUCCGUGCUCCAGCUUGGAGCCCCCCUCCCCUCUCAGGUGGGGGAGGGGAGGAAAGUUGCCUCCUCCUCACUUACUCCCCCCACCGGCACUCGAGGUUCUUUAUUUAUUCCCCCUCCCCCCCCCUUUUCUUCUCCCCUCGUUGGCUUCCCUGGACCCGGAGUGAGUGCAACCGUGUUAUGUCUUUGGCACAAUCGCCACCGCAUGUUCUUUGCCCCUCGGGGGCGGCUGCCCUUCGGAAGAGGAGAGGCGGCCCUCUUGAGAUUUUUUUUACGUUGACUGUAUAUUUUUUCUACUGUUUUCUUUGAUUCCCACUUGUUCAUCUUCUUCUAGGGCUCUGUUUCAUCUUACUGUAUGUUAAAUCUUCUGGUUCUUUAACAUGUAAAUAAAAACAAAAAACGGUA